AUGGCGGUACAUUCUAAGAACGAAGCCUUGAUGUGCAAGGUUUUUUCGUCCAGUUUGAGGCUUGUGGCGAUGAGGUGGUUUGAUGGUCUGAGGGCAGGAUUCAUCAGUUCCUUUAAGGAACUCACCCAGAUGUUUGGGUCCCAUUUUAUUACGUGUAGUAGAGCACCUCGUCCUUUGGCGUCUUUGCUAUCUCUGUCCAUAAGAGAUGGUGGAACUAUGAAAACAUACUCGAAUCGAUAUUGGGAGAUGUUCAAUGAGAUAGAAGGUGAUUUUAAGGACGUGGCCAUCAGUACUUUCAAGCUUGGCUUGCUUGCAGGGCAUGGUCUAAGGAAGGCUUUGGCGAGGAAACCUGUCACCAGUAUUCGUCAAUUAAUGGAUCAGAUUGACAAGUAUAAGAGGGUUGAGGAAGACCAGCUGCAAGAUAAGGGGAAGGGCAAGGUUAUCUCUCAGGAGAGGAGGAAUUUCAGGUCAGAACGUUACAACAAUAACAAACCCCAGCGAGAUUUUGCUGGACAAUCUGGACCUGCAGCCCCAUAA